GUCGCGGCGCUCUUCGUCAUGGGGCCGCCGACGGCGCCGCCGUCAGAGGGGGCGCAGCAGGCGCCAGUCGCGCCAGGCCGAGACCUGAUGGAGGAAGCGCAGCGGAUCCGUGAACACGAGUUGCAGCAGACCAGGGAUUUCGAGGGCCAGGUUGGCGAGUGGUCCAGGGGGCACUCCGCGAUGCUCGAAGGUCGAGCGUGGACAUUGGCCGCGAAGAACUGCGAGGAGCUGCCGCC